CAUCAAUUCAGGUCAAUUGAGACAGAGAAGACAACUUCAAGCAAACAUGACUGAUGAUGAGAGACCAAACAAGAUGAGGAAGUUGGGCCAUCUGAUGGAAGAGGAGGAUCCGGCGGCCAGUGUGGGUGUCACUCCAGCAUACACAACGCCAGUCGACUCCCCUGCUCCAACAACUACAGAGGAUGUCGACAAUGAGGCGUCCGACGCUGGACCAUUAAAACCGAGAAACCGUCACCUAGAUCUGGAAGAUGCAGCUAGUGUGGGCGUGACGCCUUCGUACACAUCUCCCGUAGACUCUCCAGCUCCAACAGAUGACAGCGAGGCCUAUGACGCAAGGCCGGCAAAACUCCUCAAGUUGGCUCAUAUGCAGGAAGAUACUGCAGCAAGUGUUGGCGUUACACCGGCCUACACAUCACCUGUCGAUUCUCCAGAUCCCGUGACCACAACCAACAGCGGAUCUGCCAUCGCUGCCGAUGAAGCAGCCGGAGAUGCCGCCGAAGAACCCAAAAUCUCAAAGAAUCAAUUAAAGAAGCAGCGACGACACGAGCGCUGGGAGUCUGGCCGAGAAGAUCGUAAGCUCAAGCGCAAAGAGAAAGCAAAGGAAAAGAAAGAGCGCCGCCGCGAGGAGUGGGCCGCAACUCACACCCCCGAUGAAAAUGGUGUUCUUCCUCAGCUUCCGUCGGACCGUCCGAGUCGCAACACUGCAGGAAGCGGCACGCAAGUCCCGAUCACUGUGGUGUUUGAUUGCGAUUGGGAGAAUCUGAUGUUUGACGCGGAACUGAAAAGCCUCGGACUGCAAAUCACCCGAUGUUAUUCUGACAACCGCAAAGCCAAGUACAGGACGCACUUGGCGGUUAGCAGUUGGGGAGGCAAGAUGAAAGAGCGUUUCGAGGGUAUUUUGGGGAACCAGCACACAAGCUGGAAGGGUUUCAAGUUCUUCGAAGAAGACUUUGUCGAGGUCAGCACGAAGAGUCGGGAGUGGAUGAAUGGUCCGAGAGGUGGGGUCGUUGCUGGGGCCAUGAAGAUUGCAGAGAUCGCGGAUGAGGCCGGUGAAGGGGUGCUGGCGGAGGAUACUGGAGACAAACCGACCGACGAAGAAGGCGAGAUUAUAUACCUGUCUUCGGAAUCCGACAACACUCUCACGACACUCAAACCAAACAGCACAUAUAUCAUUGGUGGGCUUGUCGACAAGAACCGGCACAAGGGUGUCUGCCACAAGCGCGCUGUGGAACGGGGAAUUAAGACUGCGAAACUGCCCAUUGGCGAGUUCUUGGAAAUGAAGAGUAGGCAAGUGCUUGUCACAAAUCAUGUUCUAGAGAUCAUGCUCAAGUGGCUCGAGUUGGGAGACUGGGGUAAGGCUUUCAUGGACGUGCUGCCAGAGAGGAAAGGCGCCAAGUUGAGGGAGAAGAGUAGUGAGGGAACGCCUACAGACAGUAACGAGGCUGAAGAGCAGGACGGUGAAGAUAUGGGCGAUUCGGCGCAGGAGGCAGACUCUGCCACGGUGGCAGCGGUUGACGAGCCAGUGGCUCAGUAGGCGCAAACGGGUCGAGCAAUGCUUUGAAAUGAUUAAAUGACAACAAAAGUUACCUGUCCACCC